ACGUAUAUCUUUCAAAUAUAUAUAUAUAUAUAUAUGUAUGUAUGUAUGUAUGUAUAUUCCUCUUUACCUAUUGAUCAUCCUAUUUUUAUUUUAUAUAUUUAUAUACAUAUAUAAAUUAUUACUACAUAUAUAUAUUUACUCAUUCUCAAGCAUUCUAUUCAUUUAUAUAUAUCAAUUAGGCUUGUUUUAUUAUACAUAUAAUACUAGCUAUUUGUAAUAAAUAUCAAAUAAAUAGAUUAUAUGAUAUUAUUCAUUAUUUAGAAACAAUUUUUUUUUUGUCAUUUCUAUUAUUGUAUGC